CCCCGAAAAAGCCGUGAUAAGGCUUUCAACUUUGGUUUUCCUCUGUCUCUCUCUCUCAAUUCGGUUUCCUCUUUCUCAAUUUUCAGCCAAGCUCUUCUCCCUCUCUCUAGAGUCUUGCUUCUUUAGCUAACCCUAACUUCUGGCUUCGUUCAUCCUUUCUCUCUGUAUGUAUUUGGUGGCCAUUGGGUCCUGAAAUUUUGUCACUCGUCUUUUCCUUCUUGUCAUUUAAGAAUCGAAGUCUUGGCCUAUUUUUGUAGCCCUUUUUUUCCAGGAAAUUUGCUUGAUUUGCUACAAUCUGGCCCCCAAAAGGGAUUGACAAGUCAAAGGUUCCGUUUCAGCUUUAUAUUUGAAGGCUAAUAUGUGAUCUUGAUUGCCUGAUCCUAGAGCUACAGACUUAUCUAGCAAGGCGUGCAUGUCUUCUAUGUACUGGGAACUGGACCUUUAUAAUUGAUAAAGCUUCUUUUCACUCUGGCCGCUGCAAGAAAAACACAGUCUUCUCGCACCUCUAACCAGGUGUGGGUUUGCCAUGAGGGAUUAGUCAAACUAUGUUCAUCGCAGGCAUCUGAAUCAGCUCAACUUUGGAGAUUGUGGCAUAUCUUGAAGGCCUUGCCCCUUGAUUAUGGCUAAGAUCGGUUGAGUGAAGAACAACUAGCAUUACAUAGUGCCUCUGUCUGCUAAUUGUCUCUAGAUUAGAUCUGUACGUUGCAUUUGUUAACUAGUGGUAGACCAACAAAAAACCUGCAAAAUGUGACUUCAACAAAAGCAAAUAAGAAGAAGAACUGCUACAUGUGACUGUAUUUCUGCCAAUUUCCUAGACAGCAAGAUGGUUAAGUUCUCCUGCUUCUCAUCUUCCCUCCAUUACAGCAGAUCAAAGAAACUAGGUCAACCCGUUGCAGAAACCAUGCAUAAAGAAUCCCAGGAUUGUUCCCUUAAUCAAACACCCAAGGAGUCUGGUGUUUCACAUGGUCGUCUUCAAAUACAAGUGAAGUCCUAUGAUGAUAUUCCGUUGGAGUCUCAUGGGAAUAAAUUUGUCCAUUCAUCUUCCUUUGAAAUGCCAAUUCACAUGACCACAGAGACUUGGCUUGAAGAACACACUUUGAAAUCUGAAGAACCAUACUAUGUUUUCAGUUCCGAAGCAAACUCUGCACGUUCCCAAGGGGGUGGUUUGAAGAAAAGUCAUUCUGUGGGAAGUGGAUUGGAUAAAAGUAAGAGAGUUCCUUACGAAGUUGACAGAGGGUAUGAACAUGAGCAGGGGUUACUGGGUGAUGACCCCCAAAACAUGAAUUUCACUGAAUCAUUUGUUGUUUUGGACUCGAACCUAUUGGCCGCACCAUUGAAUCAUAAGGAUGCUGAGUCCAACAGAGCCGAUGUUGAGUCCUACAUAAUAGAUGUUGACCUGAAGCCUGAAGACUCUGUCACUUCCAUGGCCUCUUCAAAGUCAUUUGUUGGGGAGGUCCAUGAAGAUUUUGGUAGACAGCGAUCUAUCAUUAUUGACUCUGGAGAACAUCUACCUGAAGCAUCUUCUAUUAUCCGACAUUCCCAAUCAUCGCCCAGCCUCAGUGGUUGUGAAGAAAGCCCAGUGAAACAGUCUAUACGUACUCGCCUCUCUAGGUCUUGUGAUGACCUGCGUAUUCUUGCUUCAAAGAAGAAUUUCUUGAGUUGUGUUAACGAAAUACCUUGUGAACAGACUUAUUUUGAAUCUGUACAAGCAUCAUAUUAUCAUAAUAUGUCAGAAACUGUUCACUCAGUAACAGGAGAGAAGGAGGGGCUACCUGCUGUGAUAGAUGUGGAAGAUCCUCAGGGAAUGUCAGGAAAAGAUUGUGUUUUGUUCAACCAAAGUGGCAGAUAUUUUGGAUUGUUGGAUCAGGUAACAGCACAUUCAACUAACACACAGAAAUCUGUAUAUGAGAAUCUGGCCAGUGAUGAGCAAAAUUCUGAAAACUUGAGCUCUCCAGUUAAGGAUUUGAUACUGGAACAAAAUGUUGAGAAACAAGGGUUUCAAGAGAUGCAGCAUAUUGAGAAGGAAAAUGAAGAACUUUGCAGCUCUCCACAUGAGAGACGGGCUGAGUUGUCUUCACAUCAGUUGAAUCUUAAGCGCGUGGAAGAAUGGAUCAACCAGAUUGAUCUUCAAAACUGUUUUUCUUUGCCGGAAACAGGGGAAUGUUCUACUUCCCCCUCUAACAUAAGGAAAGAAUCCAGCAUUGCAGUGGCUUCUGCUACCAAGAUUGAUUCAAGGAUUUCUAGUGGGAUGGAAGCAGCUAAGGGUCAUAUUCGUUCCUUGAAUUCAUCAUCUACAACAGCCCAGAUGCCAAAUCUCGGCUUGUCUGUAAUCCCAUACCUUGGCAUAUUCGGCAGCCUAAGAGUGAUAAAUUUAUCAGGGAAUGCUAUAGUGCGCAUAACUACUGGGGCUUUACCUAGGGGCCUUCAUACGCUUAAUCUAUCAAAAAAUUUUAUCUCCAUCAUUGAAGGGCUCCGUGAGCUGACUCGUCUACGUGUGCUGGACCUGAGAUAUAACCGGAUAUCCCGUAUUGGACAUGGUCUGGCUUCCUGUUCUUCACUAAAGGAGCUAUACUUAGCUGGAAACAAAAUCAGCGAGGUCGAGGGGCUUCAUCGGCUCUUGAAGCUGAAUGUAUUGGACCUUAGCUUCAACAAAAUCUCAACAGCAAAGUCUCUCGGCCAACUUGCAGCUAACUACAGCUCUUUGCAAGCCAUAAAUUUAGAAGGCAACCCAGCUCAAAAAAAUAUGGGGGAAGAACAGUUAAAGAAAUCUCUCCUCACUCUCCUUCCCAACCUCAUCUACCUCAACAGGCAGCCCAUCAAAGCCAGUGCUUCUGUCAAGGAGAUCUCUGACCGAGGUGCUCGUUCCAUUCCUGACAGGAGUGUGAGAUCAGAUCAUAAACACCUAAGAAGAGGGGGCCACAGUGUGGCCUCUCAUAAGGCAUCGGGUUCCUUAUCAGGUCGUGGUGGUCUAAACCAAUCUAUGAUCUCACCUAAAAGGCACAAGAGUCGACACUCACGCUUCCCUCCAAGUGGGAUCAAAGGAACUCAUCAUUAUCAGCUUAACCUUGACAGCCAGCCUAUUAACCCGCAACAUACUCAUUGGAUGCGGAGAAGUCGUAGUGAGGGAACUCUGCAAGCAUCGGCAUAGUGAAUCUUUGCUAGCAGUCAAUUGGAUGACUUCCCUGCAUAUACAGUGAAGAUCAUGUGCGCUCGUCCAGUUGCCUCCAGAUUUGGUUUAUCUGCAUGGUCAUGUUGGCAAAAACUUGGCUCUCCUAUUCAUAGGCACAUAAAUGGUACAACCAUUUGUACCUGUUUUAUCUCAGAUAUUUGUUUUAAUGGUUGGAUUUUUUUAUUUUACUUGGUUCGUAUGGGCAAAUGUGGAUUAUCUCAUCUUAGCUCAUCAUCUAUGUAAUAAAGAUCUUCUAUGUUAUAAAGAUCUACACAAACCUUUAGCAGGUGCGAUCAAUUUUCGGUUCAGUAGGCUUACCACUAAUUGGAUAAUGCUUCUGAUUCUAUCGGUUUCUUGAAAUAAACUUUUGUUCAUUGGAAUGA